AUGAACUGGGCAGAGGCUACAAGAUUUUCUCCAAUAGCUGACUCAAUGCCUAUAAAUAGGCUUGAUAAGCUAAGAAAUUAUUUACAUGUGAUUGACGACACUAAAAUGAAACAAAGAGAGGACCCUGAUUAUGACAAGCUGUUCAAGGUGAGACCAUUUGUUGACAAAAUCAAACAAGGUUUUUCAAUUAUUGAACCUCAGGAAUAUCAUUCAGUGGAUGAAUUAAUCAUUCCUUUCAAAGGUCAUUCAUCCCUGAAACAGUAUGUAAAAAGCAUACCACACAAGUGGGGUAUCAAAGUUUUUGCUCAUGCUGGUUCUAGUGGAAUUGUGUACGAUUUUGAAAUAUACCGAGGGAAAGGAACUGUACAUAAUGAUACUGGUCUUGGUAUAAGUGGUGAUAUUGUGAUGAGGCUUGUGGAAGGACUGCCAAAAUAUAAAAAUUUCAAAGUGUUUACAGACAAUUGGUUCACCUCUUACAAUCUUAUUUCUGCCCUGAAAAACUAUGGCAUUUUGGCUGUUGGAACUGUUAGAUCCACAAGACUUCAAGACUGCAAUCUAAAAGCAGACAGUGAACUGAAAAAGCAGGGACGAGGAUCAUACGAUUAUCGAACUGAAACAGAAAGGAACAUCAUAGCGCUGAAGUGGUAUGAUAACAAGUCUGUCGUUCUUGCAUCAUCAUACAAAGGAGUAAGUCCAGUAGAACCAGUGAAACGUUGGUCAGUGGGAGAACGAAAAUAUAUUGAUGUUCCAAGGCCAGACAUUGUUAGAGAAUAUAACCGUUCGAUGGGAGGAGUUGAUCUGUACGACAUGCUGGUUGCUUUGUAUAGGAGUAAUAUUGAUGUGAAAAGAUUUUAUCUAAGGAUCGUAUUCCACCUUCUUGACAUGUGUGUUGUGAAUGCGUGGCUCAUAUACCGCCGACAUUGCGGACAAAGAGGAAUUACCAAACACAUGUUUCUGUUGAUUUUUCGGUCUGAUGUAGCUCAUGGACUACUAAAAGCGGGAGACAUUUUGGUAAGAAGACGAGGACGGCCAUCAGAUGACAGUCCAUCGCCUACAGUUGUGAAGAAACGAGCCCCAUUGGUUCCCAGCCCAGUUGAUGAUGUAAGUAAGGUAUGA